UCUGUGAGAUGAUGCUAAUCCACUUGAUCACGGAGCCGGGAGCAUCCCCAGAGGAGGCUGAAAGUUUGGAGGCGGUUUGAAGCCAGAGACCAAAGCAGUGGGUUUGACUGAUCAACGACGUCAAAGAAUCAUGAAACGGGCUGGCAUAUUGGCCGGGGAAGUAUUAGGGCCAUCUUUGUUUCGGCCAAAGAGAUCCGAGACAGCUAUCUCGACUCCAGCAUCUAACUCAAACCUCGCUCUGGGCGCCAUCGUCGCGAGGUGCAGUAGCAUCCCGUUUUCAGCCUCGCCGGUGGGCAGAUCUUGGCAUCGGCCAUCGGCCAAGCUGUCACAUUCUACAAGGAGACCUGUAGAAAUGCACUAUUGAUUGUGAUGAGUGUGAUGAGGCACAUGGCCUGCCGUGCUGUAGGUGCUCUGCCUGAACGCAGCGACGAGGCCAGGCAUGAUCCGAUCGACCUGUCGAUGCGGUGAUGGGCGGAUGCACAUUGGACGCGUGACAAUUGGGUGUUGGUUAAGAAUAGAGCCAGCACUAGUGAAUCCGGCAAACCGCCGAAGAGGCGCCCGUGAUGCGAUGGGAUGCGGGCGAGACGCAGCCAGAGCAAAUACGCAACGGCUCACACGACACGAGAUGACUCCGCGUAUAGCACUCGAGGCCUGUAGUCCUGACCUGGUGGCGCAUGACUUCCGCGUAUUGCCGCAAAAUGCUGUGGCCGUUAGCUGUCGCGCCUUUGGCUGGCAGCGAGUCAGCAGCAGCAGUUCGGAGAUGAUUCCAGAUUGCAGAUUUGCGCGGUGGCCAAUUGGCCGCCAAGCCGCCCCUAGCUCGGUCAAUUACCAGCAGCAGCACGCCUGCGGUGGGAGAGACGCUGAACGCGGGCAGCAAAGCACCCCUCCAACCACCAACAGGAGGGUCCAUCCAGGGCAAAAUAAUAGCGCCGCUGAGUACGACCGAAAAUUGGCCCUUUGGGAGGCAGCGCCGGUGCCCUCUCCAGCUUUUCGACCCCGACUUCCCCCACGCUGGCCCAACGCAGCUGUCAGCGCGGCGCCCAUGGGGAAAAUAGAGUGCGCAUGGAAUACGGGGAGAAACAAAGGCGAUGGGAGGGAAGCGCCGAAAAGGGCCAAUUGCUCAGGCUGGGCGGUGGCUAGCGAAUGCCGUCAACGCCAUCGAGCGAGCGACGCUUUUGGAGAAUCCAGAUGCCCGUAUUCAGCGACCGGUCAGCCCUGCUCGCUCUGCUCGGCUAGCACACCGCAAUAGUGUGUCUUUGUACGUAACAGCCGUGAGAUUUUUUUUUUUUUGGCUCUGUCCAGCGGGAGAGGCCCUAGCGUUCGCUGCUCGCCAGUGCAGAUGCUGGCAUCGUAGCAUGGCAUGGCCUGGCAUGGCAUGACAUGGGCUGGGAUGGAUCGACGGACGGACCUCGAUGCGUUUUUCCUUGGCCAGAUUAGAUAAUCCGGUACUGCGGUACAUGCUGCGGUACUGCCGCAGUGGCUUUUCUUUAGAAGAGCAGCCAACACGAACAGAAGUUCCACGGCGACUUC